AUGGAGGAGAGAGAUGAGAUUGAAGAAGGGAGUGAGAGAGUGGUGUCGAGAAGUGGGAGUGAUUUGAGGUGGGUUGAUGGGAGUGAAGUGGAGACUGAGAUUGUGCCUAAUUCUGAUAGUGGAGGCAGAGAAGAAGGAGGUUAUCUUAGGAGGAGGCUUGUGAAAAAGCCCAAGAGAGCUGAUUCCUUUGAUGUUGAAGCUAUGGAGAUUGCUGGUACUGAUGCCCACCGCUUCAAGGAUUCUUCUAUCUGGGGCACUCUUGCUUUAGCUUUCCAAACACUCGGUGUUGUCUAUGGUGACAUGGGCACCAGCCCUUUAUAUGUCUUCACUGAUGUGUUCGGCAGGGUGAACAUUGAUUCGGAUGUUGAUAUCUUGGGGGCUUUAUCACUAGUGAUGUACACAAUUGCCAUCAUACCAUUAGCAAAAUAUGUUUUUGUAGUUCUCAAAGCCAAUGACAAUGGAGAAGGAGGAACAUUUGCAUUGUACUCACUAAUAUGCAGAUAUGCAAAGGUUAAUAUGUUGCCAAAUCAACAGCCAGCUGAUGAACAUAUCUCAAGCUUUAGACUAAAAUUACCCACUCCAGAAUUGAAAAGGGCUUUGCGUAUAAAAGAGACUUUAGAAAAGAGAUCAGCCUCAAAAACUCUCCUCUUGUUGUUCGUUCUGAUGGGGACUUCAAUGAUUAUAGGAGAUGGUAUCUUAACACCCGCAAUAUCAGUGAUGUCUGCUGUGAGUGGUCUGCAGGGUGAAGUUCCCGGAUUUGGCACAAAUGCUGUGGUUGUUGUUUCAAUCCUAAUCCUCAUAGUAUUGUUCGGCAUACAGCAGUUCGGGACUAGUAAAGUGGGUUUCAUGUUUUCUCCAAUCCUUGCUUUGUGGUUUCUCUCUCUGGGAUCUAUUGGACUUUACAAUGUACUAAAGCAUGAUAUUACUGUCCUGAGGGCAUUCAAUCCUAUUUAUAUAUAUCUUUUCUUCAAGAAGCACGAUGAAGAAGCGUGGUAUGCUCUUGGUGGUUGUGUUCUGUGCAUAACAGGAGCUGAAGUUAUGUUUGCUGAUCUAGGACAUUUCUCUGUACGAGCCAUACAGAUUGCCUUCUCUUUUGUGGUGUUCCCAUGCCUUCUCUUUGCUUACAUGGGUCAAGCUGCUUAUCUUAUGAGAUUCCCUCAUUCUGCUCCUAGAAUAUUCUAUGAUUCUGUGCCAGAUAGUCUUUUCUGGCCAGUCAUUGUCAUAGCCACCCUUGCAGCUUUGAUUGCCAGCCAAGCAAUGAUAUCUGCUACAUUUUCAUGUGUUAAGCAAUCUAUGGCUCUUGGAUGCUUCCCAAGGCUGAAGAUAGUUCACACCUCAAGGAGGAUGAUGGGCCAAAUUUACAUCCCUGUGAUCAAUUGGUUUUUGAUGGUCAUGUGCAUAGUUGUAGUGGCCAUCUUUCAAAGCACCACAGAGAUUGCCAAUGCAUAUGGGAUAGCUGAGGUUGGUGUCAUGAUAGUUACCACUAGCUUGGUGACACUCGUUAUGCUUCUCAUCUGGCAAACCAACUUGUUUGUGGCUUUGUUAUUCCCCCUUGUAUUUGGUUCAGUAGAGCUCAUCUACAUGUCUGCUGUUUUAUCGAAGUUCUAUCAGGGUGGUUGGCUGCCACUUGUUUUUGCUUCUUUCUUCCUCUGUGUGAUGUACAUUUGGAACUAUGGGAGUAUGUUGAAGUACAGAAGUGAAGUCAGGGAGAAGAUAUCCAUGGACUUCAUGACUGAGCUUGGCUCCACCCUUGGGACCGUGAGAGUCCCUGGAAUUGGAAUGCUGUACAGUGAGCUUGUCCAAGGCAUCCCAUCCAUUCUUGGGCAAUUCCUUCUCAACUUACCAGCUAUCCACUCCGUUAUAGUUGUCGUUUGCAUCAAGUAUGUCCCGGUGCCUGUGGUUCCUCAGGAAGAGAGGUUUCUGUUCCGAAGACUUUGCCCAAAAGACUAUCAUAUGUUCCGUUGUAUUGCUCGGUAUGGUUACACUGAUAUUCGGAAGGAAGAUCACCAUUCAUUUGAGCAACUUCUUGUCGAAAGCCUGGAGAUGUUUUUGAGGAGGGAGGCUCAAGAUAUUGCAUUGGAGAACAACUGGAAUGAAUCAGACAGUGACAGCGUUUCAGUUGGGUAUCCAGAAGGCGAUGGAAUCGAGGAUCUUAAGUUCCCAUUGAUGCGUGAUUCAAGGCUCCAAGAGGUAGGAUCUUCUACUUCUGCCUCAGAAGAAAAUGGUAUUAGUGCAGCAUUGCCGUCUAGUAUGAUGUCAUCAGAUGAAGACCCUAGUCUGGAGUACGAGCUCUCAGCUCUGCGAGAAGCAACUGAUUCAGGAUUUACUUAUUUGCUUGCACAUUCAGAUGUGAGGGCAAAGAAGAACUCAUUCUUCUUGAAGAAGCUAGUCAUAAACUACUUCUACGGAUUCUUGAGGAGGAACUGUAGAGCUGGUGCUGCAAAUUACACUGUACCACACAUGAACAUCAUUGAAGUGGGAAUGACUUACAUGGUGUGAUUUCUAGGUUACCUAGAGAGAGAAUUGUCCCAGGUUCUUUAUUUUUUGCUACAAGAACCUCUCUAUGUGAGACACUGAAAAAUAAUCUUUACAGGUAAUAAAAUCGGCUGAUUUUUG